CGAGUCAACGACCGCCACGUCGCCUCCAAUUCAUCCCUCCCAGUGGGCCCCACCACCUCCCCCAUGGCGACCGCCGCGACGACCUCCGCCGCCGCAAUCCCCACCGGCGGCGGCGGUCGCCGGCAGCAUCCCCACCCGCGCCGCCCAGGCCUCCGCCCGCGCCGCCUCCACCGCCUCCGCCUCCCUGCCCAAGCAGCCGCCGCGGCGGCCGCCUCUUCUCCAUCCACGUCGUCGUCGUCGUCGUCGUCGUCUACUCCGGCGGAGGGAGGAGGGCGGCUGGUGGCGGAGCUGGUGGGCGCGUUCAACGAGCUGACGGGGAGGAUGGGGGAGGGCCUGGCCACCUCGUCGUCGUCGCGCCUCCUCUUCCGCGCGCUCAAGCUCGCCCUCCCCGCCCUCCGCGACGGCGACGGCGGCCGGGCUCUCGCCCGCGCGCUCGCUAUCGCCGCCUCCCUCGCCGACCUCCAGAUGGACGCCGAAGUUAUUUCAGCCGGAAUACUGAGGGAAGCACUUGAUGCAGGAGCAAUAAGCAUGAGGGAUGUCAAAUCUGAGAUUGGGAUCAGCACAGCUCAUUUGCUGCACGAGAGUUUACGGCUUAAGCAUGCCCCUUCAAAGCUUGAUGUACUUGAUGAUGAAAGUGCAAGUGCAUUGAGAAAGUUUUGUCUUUCUUACUAUGACAUCCGAGCAGUUAUCUUGGAACUUGCUCUAAAGCUCGAUAUGAUGAGACACCUUGACUGCCUCCCGAGAUAUCUUCAGCGGAUAAAGUCUCUUGAAGUCCUGAAGAUAUAUGCCCCACUUGCCCAUGCUGUUGGAGCUGGUAAUCUAUCACUGGAGCUAGAGGAUCUUUCAUUUCGCUAUUUGUUUCCGCAUUCAUAUGACCAUAUUGAUCAAUGGUUGAGGAGCCAAGAGACUGAGAACAAGCUCUUAAUAGAUUCGUACAAGGAGCAGUUGCUUCAGGCACUGAAAGAUGAUGAUGAGUUGAGCCAGAUUGUGCAAGACAUCUCAAUUCAAGGGCGGUAUAAAAGCCGUUUCAGUACUAUGAAAAAGCUAGUAAAAGAUGGCAGAAAACCAGAAGAAGUAAAUGACAUACUAGCUUUAAGGGUAAUCUUAGAACCUCGGUGUGAUGGCAGCUCGUUAGACUGGGGCCCUAGGGCUUGUCACAGGACACAUGAAAUCAUUCAAGCUAUGUGGAAAGAAGUUCCAGGAAGGACAAAAAAUUAUGUCACACGGCCAAAAGAAAAUGGUUACCAGAGCUUGCAUGUGGCCAUCGAUGUAAGUGAACCUGGGAAGAUGAGGCCACUGAUGGAGAUACAGAUACGAACCAAGGAGAUGCAUAAAUUUGCUGUUGGUGGAGAGGCAUCUCACUCUCUCUACAAAGGUGGACUUACAGAUCCUGGAGAGGCUAAAAGGCUGAAGGCUAUCAUGUUGGCUGCAGCAGAGUUAGCAGCUAUGCGUCUUCGUGACCUCCCAGCUAGUGAUCAAGGAGACAGCAACUGCACGAACCGUGCUUUCUGCCAGCUUGAUAAAAACGGUGAUGGAAGGAUCAGUAUUGAGGAGCUCACAGAGGUGAUGGAAGACCUUGGUGCUGGGGGCAAAGAUGCUAAGGAGCUCAUGCAUCUUCUCGACGCAAACAGCGAUGGCUCCUUGAGCUCCGAUGAAUUCGAAGCAUUCCAGAGACAGAUCGAACUGAUGAGAAGCUUGGACGACAAAGACGAUCGCUACAGGAAGAUACUGAAGGAGAAGCUGCAGACGAUUGACAGCGCGGGUCUCAUUCAGGUCUACCGCAAACAGCUGGGCGACAAACUGCUUGUAAGCUAAAACUGAAGCUUAGCACAGGUGACGAAACUAAUCCACCAUCUUGCUAUAUAGGCUAUGGCUACUAUCUGUCUGCAUACUGCAUUCAGGGUACGCUCUUAUUAUCAUUGAUUAUAUAUAUGUUCAUGGAGUUCUACGCAAGCCUGGAUAAGUUGUAUUAUUUCUUGAUUAUUUUUUGUGUGGUUGGAUUUUCCACAUAGCAACAAAAACUGUGUGGCACA